GAGAGAGAGAAAUAAAAGAAGAGAUAGAGCGAGAAAGAGAGCUGGAUUCACAUGGGCUUGUUCUUUCUCUCUCCUUUUUCUCAUCUUGCGGCCUCUCUCUUUCUCUCUCUCUCCACCAUGAUCAUUACCAACCAAACUGAUUGAAACCCAUUUGUUCUCUCAAUCUCUCUCUCUCUCUCUCUCUCUCUCUCUUUUCUUUUCAUUCUCUUCUGUGCGUCUCUAACGCCAUGGCUGACGAUAAGGAGAUGCCAGCUGCUGUAGUUGAUGGACAUGAUCAAGUCACUGGUCACAUAAUCUCCACCACAAUCGGAGGAAAAAAUGGAGAACCAAAACAGACUAUUAGUUACAUGGCGGAGCGAGUUGUCGGUACAGGCUCGUUCGGAAUAGUAUUCCAGGCAAAGUGUUUGGAGACUGGAGAAACUGUGGCGAUUAAGAAGGUUUUGCAAGACAGGAGAUACAAGAACCGAGAACUUCAGUUAAUGCGUGUGAUGGAUCAUCCGAAUGUGGUUUGUUUGAAGCAUUGCUUCUUUUCAACCACAAGCAAAGACGAGCUUUUCCUCAAUUUGGUUAUGGAGUAUGUCCCUGAGAGCUUGUAUCGAGUUCUGAAACAUUAUAGCAGUGCAAACCAAAGAAUGCCGCUUGUCUAUGUUAAACUCUAUAUGUACCAGAUCUUCCGCGGACUUGCCUACAUUCACAAUGUUGCUGGAGUUUGUCACAGAGAUCUAAAGCCUCAAAAUCUUCUGGUUGAUCCUCUUACUCAUCAAGUCAAGAUCUGUGACUUUGGCAGUGCGAAACAGCUCGUUAGAGGUGAAGCUAACAUUUCUUACAUAUGUUCACGAUUCUACCGUGCACCUGAACUCAUAUUUGGUGCCACGGAGUACACAACUUCUAUUGAUAUCUGGUCUGCUGGUUGUGUUCUUGCUGAGCUUCUUCUUGGUCAGCCCUUAUUUCCUGGAGAAAAUGCUGUGGAUCAGCUCGUUGAGAUUAUCAAAGUUCUUGGUACACCAACUCGAGAAGAAAUCCGUUGUAUGAAUCCACAUUACACAGAUUUUAGGUUUCCACAGAUAAAGGCACAUCCUUGGCACAAGAUCUUCCACAAAAGGAUGCCUCCAGAAGCGAUUGAUUUUGCCUCGAGGCUUCUUCAAUACUCACCAAGUCUUAGAUGCACAGCGCUCGAAGCUUGUGCACAUCCGUUCUUUGAUGAACUCAGAGAACCAAAUGCACGUUUACCAAAUGGACGGCCUUUCCCGCCUCUCUUCAACUUCAAACAAGAGGUAGCUGCAGCAUCACCAGAGCUGGUCAACAAGUUGAUUCCAGACCAUAUCAAGAGACAGUUGGGUCUCAGUUUCUUGAAUCAAUCCGGAACAUAAAGGAUCAAAAAGACAAGAACUUUAUAUAUAUAAUGUACCAUUACUCGAGCCAGAAGGUAGUUGAAGACAAUUUGGAGGACACAAUUCGAAGUUUACCCUCCUCAAACUCGUUCCAGAAGUGUUCUAUUCAGACAAGUUUGAUGGUCAAAGCCAAGCUUCUACAACCGACUUCCCCAAAUCUGCAAGAAAAUCUAUUCCGUUGUAUCUUCUUCUUUUUUCCUUUUUUAUGUUUGGUAAAAAACACAAAUCUCCUCUUUGCUUAUUUUCUUCUGUCUUUUCUGCAUCUGUAAAUGAGUUUAGUCAGAGAUUUUUAUAUAGUAAAGUUUGAGCAGAA